AGCGGCGGUUGCUGUGACUUCCUCGCUCAUCGGCAGCUACAUUGUGCGGACAGCAGCACGUUGUUGGCUUCUGCACGCUGAACUUUAAUUCUCCUGCUCAAGGAGAAACCAGAUUUCAAAGCUACCAGUUAUUUUCUCAGACGUGUGUAAGUUAUCCCAGCUAGCGAAAACAUGUCGGCCUCGGCGGCAAAAGUGAGUAAAAAGGAGCUGAACUCGAACCAUGACGGAGCGGACGAAACCUCCGAGAAAGAGCAGCAAGAAGCUAUUGAACACAUUGACGAAGUUCAAAACGAAAUUGACAGGUUGAACGAGCAAGCCAGUGAGGAGAUCCUCAAAGUAGAACAGAAAUACAACAAACUCCGUCAGCCAUUCUUUCAGAAGAGGUCCGAACUGAUCGCCAAAAUCCCCAACUUCUGGGUCACCACGUUUGUCAACCAUCCACAAGUAUCUGCCCUACUGGGAGAGGAAGAUGAAGAAGCACUUCAUUACCUGAGCCGAGUGGAAGUGACAGAGUUUGAAGACAUCAAGUCAGGCUACAGAAUAGAUUUUUAUUUUGACGAAAAUCCGUACUUCGAAAACAAAGUACUUUCCAAAGAGUUCCAUUUGAAUGAGAGCGGAGACCCAUCUUCAAAGUCGACAGAAAUUAAAUGGAAAUCAGGAAAGGACCUGACUAAGCGCUCCAGCCAGACACAGAACAAGGCUGGAAGGAAGAGGCAACAUGAAGAGCCAGAGAGCUUCUUCACUUGGUUCACUGAUCACGCUGACGCCGGCGCUGAUGAGCUCGGGGAAGUUAUCAAGGACGACAUCUGGCCAAACCCCCUGCAGUACUACCUGGUUCCUGACAUGGAUGACGAAGAGGGUGAAGGUGAGGAUGAUGAAGAGGACGAGGAAGGUCUGGAGGACAUAGACGAGGAGGGAGAUGAAGAUGGAGAGGAUGAUGAAGAAGAUGAUGGAGAAGAUGGCGAGGAUGAUGAGGGAGAAGACGACUAAGAAAUAACAUCUACCCAGACCCUCAACCUUCUAUUCCCCGUUUGGUUUUUCCACUCACAUUCGGGAGCAAAGUUUUAAUUUGGUUUUUGUUUUUUACUUUUUUAUUUUAUAAAUGUGUGCUUCAUUUUCCACUCUGAAGCCUCUUCACCUUGUUGGUGCCAUGUUAUGUUAUGUUCUCCUUCGACUCAUCAUAAGGCCAAUGGCACUUUGCCCUGAAUUGUGAGUACCAUCCCCAAAGUCAUCUCAAAAAUAAUAAAAGUAUAAAAAAUAGAAUCCGCACGGCAUCCUGAGUAGAAAUUAAAGACAAUACGCACAGAAUUCCUCCUGUUAACGAUUGUGUGGUAAAUUGACUUAAAGCCAUGGUGUAGUGACCCAGCGCUAGUUGACCUCAAUUUUCCCUCCAUUUUUUUCUUCUUUUUUUCAGUGGGGGUGUUGAUCCCUUGAAA